UCCCAAUUACUCCGUAUCGCCAGUGUGAACUGGCCUACGGUCAAAGCAAUACUCAUGACAAGUAUCUUGCAGAUAGUCAGAAGAAAAGGCUGGGAUACAAAUUAAGAAAAAUGAGAGUUUUUUAAGUAAACAAUGUUAUACAAAUUGCAUACAUUGAACCGAUUGUAUCAUCUAUUACCUACCGUGAUUCUGUUAUUGAUGUUUGCGGUCUUCAGAUUGACCGAAUCAAUGUGUGGAAUACCAGGUUUAUCGCCAAAUUGCGAAUAUACUAAUAAUGUCGAAAGUGGUGAGUUUUAUGUUGGGCAUAAUAUAACGUACUACUGCAAACGUAAUCCUUGUUAUGCACCAAACAACAUGCGAAGGCAAUGUCUUGAAAACGGAUCGUGGUCAGGUGUGAUACCCUUUUGCCAUGAACGAUCAAGUAUCAAGGAUGUUGAACAGAUAUCAUUGAUAAAAGGACCGUCAAGAUUCAAUGCCGACUCCACUAUGGAUGGAAAAAACAAAACAUGCUCCAGCACUGUUAUAGAAAGUAAUACAUAUUGGGAAGUAAUCUUAAAAAAAUCCUUCCGAGUUAUUGCUGUGAAGAUUCUUUUUCAAGAUAGAAUAACAGAAAUUUCUACACGGGUGCAGAUAUUGGAAGAAAACAGGACUAUAAGCAACUGUGAAAACCAUUCAAGAAUAACAGAUAUGAACAGAAACUUCCAACUAUAUAUUUGUCCCCAUGGAGUUAUUGGAAACAAAAUUCGAAUAAUUCCGAUUAGAACUCAAAUAUCAUUUGAAGCAGAGUUUCUUGAUAUUUGCGAAAUAUAUUUGUUUCUGCAAUCGAAUCACGCUUGUUUACGGCCAGAUGCGCCGUACAAGAGUAGAGGUUUAAGGAACCCACCCAGAUAUAUCUAUGAAUGUAAUGACACUUCACACGAAUUAGUGGGUGAUAAUACAGUAUUAUGCCAAGAAGAUGGAACUUGGACUUCAGCUGCUUUCAAAUGCGAAAGAAAGUGUGGAGAAUUACCUGAAGUUGCUAAUGGCAUCCUUAAAGCUAAUUCGACAACGAUUAAUAGUACUGCAUGGUUAGAAUGCAACGAAGGCUAUAGACCUUUAGGUAAUCAUCUAACCCAUUGUCUACCGACAGGAAUGUGGACAACUUUACGUUUUAACUGUGAAAUGAUUAAGUGUGAUCCAAAUCCAAUCAUUCAACAUGGGAGAGCAGAAUUACCUAAUGGAUUUGUUUAUGGUUCUAAAAUGCAUAUAACAUGCGAUCCAGGUUAUAAAGCGGUAGAGUCGGAAGUUAGAGAAUGUCACAAAAAUGGAUCCUGGGGAAAUCUCAAUAUUUGCACACAAAUCAUUUGCGAUCCUUUGAAAUAUGAAGUCACGGACAAUGGGCAAUGGGUAUCUUUAAACGAAACAAUUUUAAUUCGGGUUCUAAUAUGCCAAACAAAUUACCACAUCGAAGGUUUUCCAGCAGUUACGCAAUGUCUUCCAAAUGGAUCAUGGAGUCAUACAACAGCAGUUUGUAGAACUGUUGCUGUGGGAGCUGGAACAGCUAUUUGCAUACUUUGUGUAGCGAUGUGUUUUCUGAUUAUAAAGAAAAGACGGCAAACAAGCACCAAUUCUACUGUUUUUCACGUCGGAGUAACUGAUUCAAUAUUGUAUCACGAACAAUCAAAGGAGCAACGGAAUUAUAAAGCAAAUACAUAUGAAGAUGUCAUCGAGUUAAGAAAUAAUCCAUCAAGUACAAAGCCUCGAAAACCAAGUUCUGCUCUUCCUCAUUUGCCAAUUCUUCCUGUAGAUACUGAUCCUGUAUAUGCACAACCAUUUGAAACAUCAGCUGCUUACCCAAAAACAAUACCUGUGAGUACAUCAUCCGAUAUAUAUACAGCUCACAUAUAUGCAGAACCUGUGGAUUCACACAGACCUCCUUCUGGGCCUAGUACAUUUACCAGUGCAGCAGAAACAUGGCUAAGAAGUGGUGCAAAGAAGUUUGGCCGGAAAAUGAGCUUGCCAGGGCGAGCUUCUUUGCCAGAAAAUUCGGUCCCAGAACAUAACAAAAACACAGAUGCAAUUCACAAACCAGCAUAUGAAUACUCAAAUACAAGUUCUUUAAGCGCAAGAUUUGACGAAAAACAGAAAAUCGCUGAUUAUGAGCCUAAAUUACAAACCACAUUCUCGGAAUUAGUAAGCAAUUCCAUUUACUUGGAUACCAAAGAGGGAAGAUUCACUAGUAAAAAGGAUACAGAACAGCUUCAAAUGAUUGACAAUGAUAUUUAUCAAGACGAUUAUUUUUCAAAUGUGUGAUGAUAAAUGAGGUUUACAGAUUUAUUGAACAUUUUGAAACCAUAGACCAUAUCAACUAUUUCAGAGGUGAUAUUUAGAAACGGAUAUUUCAUUCAGAGAGAUGAAAUGCCAUUUAAUGGCGUCAUACAGUUGAACAACACUGUCUAUUUUGGUACAAAGCAGUUAUACAUGAUUCUUUAAAUUUUCAGAGGACACUUUUACUUCGAAUCAUUAAAAUGUUACUUUUUGAUAGAGA